UUUUGUUUUGUUUUUGUUUUUUUUCCCCGAUGGCCUGCGCCUCCUCUCCUGAGAAGCACCAGCCCCUGCUGCAGCUCCAGGAGGUGGACUCCAGCCGGGUGGGCGGCCGCGUCCUCUCCCCGGUGCUCGGCCCCCCCUCGCCGGGCCUGUCGCACGAGACCGGCCAGCCCGUCUGCAUCCCCACCCCUUACACCGACCUGGGCCACGACUUCCCCGCCAUCCCCUUCUACGGCCCCGCCCUCUUCGGCUACGCCGGCCCCAACGUGGCCGAGUGUCCGUCCGUCCACCAGUCACUCAACGCCUCGCUCUUCUGGCCCGGCCACGGCCACGUGGGGCCCUCCAUCCCCCUGCACUGCUCCCAGGCCCUCCCUCAGCACGGCCAGCCGCAUCAGAGCCCCUGGGACGGCGUCUUAACCUCCAGUAAGAGCGUGAGGAGGCGCUCCCAGGAGAGCGAGGAGGGCCUGGUGUCGUCGGGCGGGAAGGCGGACCUCCACUACUGCGCCGUGUGCCACGACUACGCCUCGGGCUACCACUACGGGGUGUGGUCAUGCGAGGGCUGCAAGGCCUUCUUCAAGAGGAGCAUCCAAGGACAUAAUGACUACAUCUGCCCAGCAACCAAUCAGUGCACUAUAGACAAAAACCGCCGCAAGAGCUGCCAGGCGUGCCGCCUUCGCAAAUGCUACGAAGUAGGGAUGACCAAAUGUGGUAUCCGCAAAGAGCGCGGGGGCUGCCGCAGCGUGCCGGUCAGGCGGGUGGCCCGCCUGGCCACUAACGGCAAGACCAGCGGGCCCAAGGGGCUGCUGGCCCCGCCGGGCGCCUCGCCGGAGGAGCCCCCCCCGCCCGCGCUGAGCCCAGAGCAGCUGAUCGAGCGCAUCAUGGAGGCCGAGCCGCCGGACAUCUACCUCAUGAACGACAUGAAGAGGCCGCUGACCGAGGCCAACGUGAUGAUGUCACUGACCAACCUGGCUGACAAGGAGCUGGUUCACAUGAUCAGCUGGGCCAAGAAGAUUCCAGGUUUUGUGGAGCUCAGCCUCUUAGACCAGGUGCACCUGUUGGAGUGCUGCUGGCUGGAGGUGCUGAUGAUCGGCCUGAUGUGGAGGUCAGUGGACCAUCCAGGGAAGCUCAUCUUCUCCCCUGACCUCAGCCUGAGCAGAGAGGAGGGCAACUGUGUCCAGGGCUUCGCCGACAUCUUCGACAUGCUGACCGCUGCCACGUCCAGAGUGAGAGAGCUCAAGCUGCAGAGGGAGGAAUACGUCUGCCUCAAGGCCAUGAUACUCCUUAACUCCAACAUGUGCCUGAGCUCGUCGGAGGGCGGGGGGGAGCUGCAGAGCCGCUCGCAGCUGCUGCGGCUGCUGGACGGCGUGACGGACGCGCUGGUGUGGGCCAUCGCCAAGAGCGGCCUGCCCUUCCGCCAGCAGUACAACCGGCUGGCCCACCUGCUCAUGCUGCUCUCACACAUCCGCCAUGUCAGCAACAAGGGCAUGGACCACCUGCACUGCAUGAAGAUGAAGAACAUGGUGCCCCUGUACGACCUGCUGCUGGAGAUGCUGGACGCUCACAUCAUGCACAGCUCCCGCCUGCCCCGCCGGCCCCCCGGGCCGGACGCCGCCGCCGCCGCUGACCAGCCGGAGACCCCCGCCCGCCCGAACGGCCCCGCCGUCCCCCCCUCAAACACCUGGACCCCCAGCAGUGCUGGAGCCCCAGGAGAAAUCCGGCAGUAG